AUGUGCUGCCACCUGGGUUGGAAACAGGUUGGUGCAUGGAUCGAGGAGCUCCCGAGCUGGUCGGGAAAGGUUGAGAGCGGCCAAGACUGGGAGACCGUGUUGCUGGUCGCUCUGUGCCUUCGAUGCUAUGAGGCCAAGUACAGCGAGCCCCACGAGCUGCUGGGACUGCCAAAAGGGGCUCUACGGCCCGCCGCGGUGUAUGUGGAGAAGGUGCCGCAGGAGAAUUCUACCAAACCAACAGUCAUGCUGGCCUGGUGGAAGGAGCAGCGGAUCAGAACAUACCCCUACAUAGCGGUGCUGUCGCCCACUUUUUCUAAAACGGAAAUCGUGGACGCCAUGUGGAUAUAUCAAGAGAGCGCAACGGCCAGUUGCCUGGUGAGGGGCAUGCAAGCCAAACUAGGCAGCGCCUACCCGAAGCAGGAUAUGCCACUGGGCAUGCUGGGCUUGCUGUUCCGUGGCCAGGCACCGGACACCACCCGUAACUUGGAAAGGCAGCGGUGGAAGUAUCUAACUGCGAGCGAGAUUCAGAGUUUUCUGGGCAAAUCUUUGACGGCUGCUUGUCCCGCUCACUGGCCCAACGUGACACGAUGA